GACACUUUGGUGUUCUUUAAAGUUUAAAGGUUGUUAUUCGUCGUGCGAUCACAAUGUAAUUGAUCAAAAACCGUUCCAGAACAGCGCUGUGCCGUGUGGUCUGUAAAUCUGAGAAUCUCGAAGUAGCCGUGUAAACAGUUCAACUACUAAGAAAAUUGCUAAAAAUCAGAAUUGUAAUGGAAAAUUAUAACUACAAGACUGUGAUUAAAAUAGAAGAAGAAAAUGAAGACACAGAAGAGCAAUACACUAAUGCCUCAGUGAAAAAAACAAAACCUAAUUACAUUGAUGAAUCAAACAAUAGCUAUCCGACAAUCCACCAUUCUCCAAAACCACUCUAUGGGGAUGCAUAUAAUGUCAGUGAAACAUGCGACAAAACAGUCGUUCAAGUCGAAGUAGAUACUGUGAAUGGAUGUAAUUUUGAGUCUGUGAUAGAAUACCAAAAAAAUGGGCCUUUGGAUGUGAAAACGAUGAACUACGGCCUGGACGAAAUACAGCAAUUUGUCUGCGAAAUAUGUAGCCAGGUGUUUACCACCAAAACGCAAGUGGCUAAACACAUAACUCAAUUACAUAGUACAACAAUCCAGAAAAGAACUGCAAAUGAAGUUGCCAAAAAUAAAUAUGUGUCAUUUCCGCGAAAACGGCUCGUCACACAACACAAACGCGUGCACACCGGUGAAAAGCCCUACUAUUGUAAAGUGUGUUUAAAAUCAUUCUCAUUACUAUCUAACUUCACAGUACACAAACGCGUGCACACAGGGGAAAAGCCCUAUAAAUGUAAUGUGUGCUCAAAGGCAUUUCCUGUUAAAAGAUACCUAACAAUACACGAACGAGUUCACACCGGUGAAAAGCCCUACACAUGUGACGUGUGUUUAAAAUCAUUCUCUUUACAAUGUAAUCUCGCAAGACACAAACGCUUGCACAUCGGUAAAAAGCCCUACAAAUGCAACGUGUGUUCAAAAACUUUUGCUGAAAACCCCAAUCUCACUAAACACCAGCGUAUUCACACUGGGGAAAAGCCUUUUAAAUGUGACGUGUGCUCAAAAACUUUUUCUGAAAAACCUAACCUUACAGUACACCAACGCGUGCACACUGGAGAAAAGCCUUUCAAAUGUACUGUGUGUUCAAAAUCGUGUUCUUCAAUAUCUGACCUCGCAAUACACAAACGAGUGCACACUGGAGAAAAGCCAUAUAAAUGUGACGUGUGCUCAAAAACGUUUUCUGCAAAAUUCAGCCUCACAGCACACAUACGAGUACACACUCAGGAAAAGCCCUACAAAUGCGACGUGUGUUUAAAAUCGUUCUCAGUAAUAUCUAACCUCAUAAAACACAAACGCGUUCACACUGGGGAAAAGCCUUACAAAUGUGUUGUAUGUCUUAAGUCGUUUGCUUUAAAAUGCAACCUCACAAAUCACCAACGCGUGCAUACCGGUGAAAAACCCUAUAAAUGUAAUCUGUGUUCAAAGACACUUUCUUCCCAAAACGGCUUGAAAUAUCACAAACGUGUGCAUACCGGUGAAAAGCCCUACAGUUGCGACGUGUGCUCAAUGACUUUUUCUGCAAAAUCCAGCCUCACACUACACAAACGAGUUCACACUGGGGAAAAGCCCCACACAUGUGACGUGUGCUCAAUGAAAUUUUUUGUAAAAUCCCGCCUCAAACAACACAAACGAGUGCACACUGGGGAAAAGCCUUUUAAAUGUGCUGUAUGUUUAAAGUCGUUUUCUUUAAAAAGCACCCUCACAGAUCACCAACGCGCGCACACCGGUGAAAAGCCCUAUACAUGUAAUCUGUGCUCCAAGUCAUUUUCUGUCAAAAACAGCUUGGCAUAUCACCAACGCGUGCACACCGGUGAAAAGCCCUAUAAAUGUAAUCUGUGUUCAAAGUCACUUUCUUCCCAAAACGGCUUGAAUUAUCACAAACGUGUGCAUACUGGUGAAAAGCCCUACAGUUGCGACGUGUGCUCAAUGACUUUUUCUGGAAAAUCCGGCCUCACAAUACACCAACGAGUUCACACUGGGGAAAAGCCUUUCAAAUGUGCUGUAUGUUUUAAGUCGUUUUCUUUAAAAAACACCCUCAUAGAACACCAACGCGUGCACACCGGUGAAAAGCCCUACUCAUGUGACGUGUGUUCAAAGUUAUUUUCUUACAAAUCCAGCCUCAGGAAUCACGUAAGAGUACAUAUUAAUGGCUAAUAUGUGUGUUUUAAUAUAUUUAUAAUAAACCUGAAACAAUUACAACCUAGACCGAGAUGUUCGCUAUUUCAAACGGUGAACUUGUUCAUUUUUAAUUGUUAAUAAUUGGAACUUAUUAGGGUACGCGUUAAUUAUUUUAACCACUAGAUUUAAUGUUAAACAAAAUAACCAAAACAAUUUUAUUUUUUUGUAAUAUUAAGCUGAGUAACCCCACUUUACGUUAGUGACUUACACUAACGUAUCGUGACUACACUACUUGACUACAUUUUGACUUUAAAAAAAAAAAAAAAUUACUGUAUUUUUGUUUUUUGCUAAAUUUUAAUUUAAUAAUAACAGUACUCGUUUUUGCUUAAUUAAUGUUACUUAAUUAAUUAAAUUAAACGUAUUGUGUAAAUAUUAGUAUAAUUUUUGUGAGCACACCAACAAUAAAUGGACGUUUAUGUAAUUUGUUUUAUUAGCGAAAAAUAAUUUUCAAUUUG